AUGAGCUGUUACACUAAAGGGUUGUUCGUUUGGUUGCCGCAGGGACAAUGCCGUCUCUCCCUUGCGUCUCUUCUUCUUCUUCUUCUUCUCUUAUCUGCAACUACUUUAACCUCAGCAGCUGAUUACUCUCCCACCGACAACUUCUUCUUGAACUGUGGUGGCUCUUCUGAUCUACCCGACACAGACAACCGUACAUGGAUUCCCGAUGUCAAAUCCAAGUUCUUGUCUUCCUCCGCAGACUCCAAAACCUCUCCCGCCGCCACACAAGACCCUUCCGUCCCCGAUGUCCCUUACAUGACAGCUAGGAUCUUCCGAUCUCCCUUCACUUACUCGUUCCCCGUCGCAGCAGGUCGCAAGUUCGUGCGUCUCCACUUCUACCCCAACUCAUACGACGGUCUCAACGCGACGAACUCCCUCUUCUCCGUCUCCCUCGGGUCCUACACUCUCCUCAAGAACUUCAGCGCUGCUCAGACGGCACAGGCGUUGACUUUCUCUUUCAUUGUUAAGGAGUUUAUAGUGAACGUUGAAGGCGGGGCAUUAAACGUGACCUUCACGCCAGAGUCUGCACCUUCUAACGCCUAUGCGUAUGUGAACGGGAUUGAGGUUACUUCAAUGCCUGAUCUUUACAGCAGCACAGAUGGGUCUUUGACGGUUGUUGGAUCUUCUGGUGGAGUCACCAUCGAUAACAGCACGGCUCUUGAGAAUGUUUAUAGACUCAAUGUGGGAGGGAAUGAUAUCUCUCCUUCUGAUGAUACAGGUCUGUACAGGUCUUGGUACGACGAUCAGCCUUAUAUCUUUGGUGCGGGUCUUGGAAUCACUGAAACUGCUGAUCCAAACAUGACCAUUGAGUAUCCUUCUGGGACGCCUACAUAUGUUGCUCCUGUGGAUGUUUACUCCACUGCUAGGUCAAUGGGUCCAACACCUCAGAUCAAUCUCAACUACAAUCUCACUUGGAUCUUCAGUAUUGACUCCGGGUUUAGUUACCUUGUCAGGCUUCAUUUCUGUGAGGUUGCUCCCAACAUGACAAAGAUCAACCAGAGGGUGUUUACGGUUUACCUCAACAACCAAACAGCUGAGCCUGAAGCUGAUGUUGCUGGCUGGACAGGAGGACAUGGGAUACCAUUACACAAAGAUUACGUGGUGAAUCCUCCUGAUGGUAAGGGACAGCAAGAUCUGUGGCUUGCUCUUCAUCCAAACACGAAGAACAACCCUGAAUACUAUGAUGCUAUUCUUAACGGUGUUGAGAUAUUCAAGAUGAAUAACUCUGAUGGUAAUCUUGCUGGUCCUAAUCCUAUACCUGGUCCACAAGUGACUGCUGAUCCAUCUAAAGUCUUGCGCCCGCGUACUAGUCAGUCCAAGAACCACACGGCUGUUGUUGCAGGUGCAGCCAGUGGUGCAGUUGUUCUCGGACUUAUUGUUGGUUUGUGUGCAAUGAUUGCUUACCGGAGACGUAACCGUGGUGAAAACCAGCCUGCAAGUGAUGCAACAUCAGGGUGGCUUCCACUGUCUCUGUAUGGAAACUCACAUUCUGGUGGUUCUGGAAAGACAAACACAACAGGAAGCUAUGCCUCUUCCCUUCCUUCAAAUCUUUGUCGUCACUUCUCCUUUGCUGAGAUCAAAGCUGCUACUAAGAACUUCGAUGAGUCCCGGGUGCUUGGUGUUGGAGGUUUCGGCAAGGUUUACAGAGGUGAGAUCGAUGGUGGAACUACAAAGGUAGCCAUCAAGAGAGGAAACCCUAUGUCUGAACAAGGAGUACACGAGUUCCAGACAGAGAUUGAAAUGCUUUCAAAGCUUAGACACCGUCACCUUGUGUCUUUGAUUGGAUACUGUGAAGAGAACUGUGAAAUGAUCCUAGUGUACGAUUACAUGGCUCAUGGGACAAUGAGAGAGCAUCUCUACAAAACACAGAACUCUCCUCUUCCAUGGAAGCAACGUCUUGAGAUAUGCAUCGGUGCAGCUAGAGGGCUACACUAUCUACACACUGGUGCAAAACACACCAUCAUACACAGAGAUGUGAAGACGACAAACAUUCUACUUGAUGAGAAAUGGGUGGCCAAGGUCUCUGACUUCGGUCUGUCAAAGACUGGUCCUGCACUUGACCACACGCACGUAAGCACGGUCGUGAAAGGAAGCUUCGGUUAUCUUGACCCAGAGUACUUCAGACGGCAGCAACUGACUGAUAAGUCCGAUGUCUACUCCUUUGGAGUGGUUCUGUUCGAAGCCUUAUGCGCACGUCCUGCAUUGAACCCCACACUGGCCAAAGAACAAGUGAGCUUAGCUGAGUGGGCACCAUACUGCUACAAGAAAGGCAUGCUUGAUCAGAUCGUUGACCCUCACCUGAAGGGAAAGAUCACACCUGAAUGCUUCAAGAAGUUUGCUGAAACCGCGAUGAAGUGUGUGCUAGACCAGGGCAUUGAGAGACCGUCGAUGGGAGAUGUCCUGUGGAACCUGGAGUUCGCGUUGCAGCUUCAGGAAAGCGCAGAGGAGAGCGGGAAAGGAAUAUGCAGUGAGAUGGACAUGGAUGAGAUCAAGUACGAUGAUGACAACUGUAAAGGGAAGAACAACAGCGAGAAAGGUUGUGAUGUGUAUGAAGGGAACGUGACAGACUCGAGGAGCAGUGGAAUAGACAUGAGCAUAGGUGGUCGGAGUUUGGCAAGUGAAGAUUCAGAUGGACUCACUCCUAGUGGUGUGUUUUCUCAGAUAAUGAAUCCCAAGGGACGUUAGAGAGAGUCUUAACCGGCUCCAUCCAAAGGAGAAUGAACAGUUGGGCGUGAUGACACAGACGUAGAAUGCACAUUAGUUCUACUGAAUGGAGAGCUGUUUUAUCUGCUGCAGUCUGAGGCUUUGAAUUUGGACCCAAGGAUCUUGAUCUUUGAGCGUCUCCAAAAUAUCUCUUUUUUAUUUUUUGAAAGUAGUAGUUGAAGUAGUAGUAGUAGUAGUUGAAGUAGUUGUACUGAUUCUUGAAGGGAGUUGUAG